GGGAUGUCGAAAAUAUAUCAAAAUAUCGAUAUAUCGAUGAUAUUUAAAAAAAAAUAUUAUCAUAUUAUAUCAUUAUUUGUAAAUGAUAUUUUGGUCCUUUCUAAUGGUUGGUCACUUUAAAGCCUUAGCCCACGCCGACAAAACUUAAACUUCAACUCAAAACUCAAAAUGAGCGCAAAAAAGUAUUUCACUGAAUUCAAAUCAAACUCAGCAAAAUUAAUUAAAACAAGUGGAAACACAACUAACCUAGCAUCGCACUUAAAAAAUAGGCACAUGGAUGCUUUUCAAAAAUGUUCAAAGAGCACCACAAGAGGAGUACGUGAAAGUCAACCCAGUAUUCAAGCUUCGUUCUUGGCAGAAAAUCAGAAAGCAAAAGAAAAAAACAAAACUGACUCCUUAAUACAAAUGAUUUGUAAAGACAAUAUGCCUGUUAGAAGUGUUGAAAAAGAGGGCCUGAAAGGCAUUGCUAAAACAUGAGUUCCGAACUACAAACUACCAAGUCGAUCGAAGGUAUAUAACCAUAUAACCGAGCGAGUCCUUUUAAAGUCAUUAAGUACAGAUUUCUUUUCCUAGCAUUUCAUAUCAUUUUAUUUGUAUUUUACUUAAUAUGCCUACUUUAAAAAUGUAUAAUUAGAUUUAAGUCGACGGCUUAAUGAAUGUUUAUUUUACUUCAAUUUCUUUAUAUUAUUAGUUUAAAAGUACUUAAAUAAAAGCUUA